UUCCUUAAUUAAUAACCGCCCGACAAGAAUUCAAGAGACAAUGAGACAUCAAUCUGGUAUUGUUUUAGGUUAUGUUUUUGUGGUUUUUCUAGUGUGUAUUGAACCUUAUGAAGGGUGUAGAUCGGUUCCCGGUGGCAAUGGACUUUUGCUGUCAUCUCUGCAAGGGAAAUCAGUCCCCCCGCCGGGGCAGAAUCCCGGCACCAACGGCGCCGUUGACUCGGCUACUCUCGGUGGGAAGAACUUCGCCGGAGUUAUAACGGCGGGAGGUGGUUUAAAGAAGCAGCUUCUUUUGUUGCCAUCUCUGCAGUGGAAAACGGUUACCCCUCCGUCGCCCAACGGCGGCACUAACAGCGCCGUUAACUCCGCCAAUCUCGGCGAGAAGAAUUUUGUAGGGGCGGCGACGGAGAAGCCAUUAAAGAAGCAUCUUUUCUUGCCGUCUCUGCAAGGGAAACAGGUCCCCCCUCCGACGCCUAACGGCGGCACCAACAACGUCGUUAACUCGGCCACUCUCGGCGAGAAGAACUUUGUAGGGGCGACGGAGAAGCGAGGAAGUUCAAAAAAGCAUCUUUUGUUACCGUCUCUAUGGAAAAAUGUCAGCCCGCCAAAGUCCAACCCCGGCACCAACUCCGCCGUCGCCGGAGCAAAGAACUUUUCCGGCCAGCAGCUUCCGGCGGAAUCUCACAAGGCUUCUAGUUAAGCGGAUUAAUAAUCUCACAUAUUUGACGUUCCAAAUCUAACGUCAUUCAUUAAUUCGUUCAUUCUCUUUUGUAUUAACGAUUUUUUUUUUUUUUGAUGAAAAUCAAUUAAUUAAUCAGCGUCCUAAAACCAUGGACGUAGUAUGUAUGUGACUGCAUGGGCUACUGUAUACGACCAACGUAUAGUAGCCAUGACUGAAUAAAAUUAACGGAGUUUAUAUUUUUGCA